AUGAUUACUAAAUUGCUUAUUUUCUUUGUCAUUGCUGGAGCUCUAUCUCAAGAGCUUCAUAAUUCGACGCCGCAAAAUCGUGUUGUUCAAAAAUCUCUUCUUGAUGAUCUAAAAUCAUGGAUUUCUCCCAAUGACGGAAACUUAGCCACGGAAAACACACCUAUUUACGGUAUACAGCGCAAACCAAAACUUUUCGAAAAUGGAGCUGUAGAGUACAAAAUCGUCAAAUUUAAAAAUGCUAUGAAGAAACUUAGCGACUUUUUGUACAAAAAUCAGUCUCAUGCGAUCGCUCCGGUCAAUAAUCAGCCGUCUCCUGUCACCGAAGCGCCGCACAGCGAAGCUGCAAAUUCAAUUCCUAGUACUACUGCACAACCAGAGCCUAAAAAAGAUCUGAACACUUUGAUCGCAGAAAUGCUAAGGAAAAUUUUCCCAAAUUCACACUUGAUAAUGGGUCAUCGUCAAUCAACAACAACACCAAAACCUUCUUUGCCGUAUCCCAAUACAGUGUAUCCUGAGAUUCUUGUGAUAAUUGACAAUUCUUUAUAUAAAAAACUUGACAGCAAUAUACUCCGUACUGUAGUUCAUGCUUUGGGAUUUUUCAAUGGCGUAGAUUUGUUGUAUCGUAAUUUAGACAGUCCAAAAUUCAGACUUAACAUCGCAGCGAUUCUCAUCGUCCAGGAAAAAGAUGGAUUUCCUAAUUUAGAACACGCACCGGACAAAAUAGACGGUGAUAGUAUUACCUGGCCAGUUGGAGAGUGGUUAUACAAUCAUCAAGAGACAUUUCCUUUGGACAGCUAUGACAUUGCUGUAACAUUGACGGCGAACGGUAUAUACGGGAAAGCGAAUGGCGAAGAAAUUUUGCUAGGAGGCAUAGCAUAUCCAUCAGGCGCAUGCACGGUCUUUCAUGAAAACCAGCUCGUAGUCAAAACAGCACUUGUCACAGAAAAAGGUGAUUUUCACGGGAUUCGGGCUGCAGCUCAUGAAAUUGGACACUCGCUCGGUAUUGAUGAUCAUGAUGAUCAACCUGACAAAGGAUGCUCCAAAGAGGCAAGUACCAUUAUGUCUCCUAGCACCGAAUUAAAUGGCUUCAAAUGGUCACAAUGCAGUUUGGACUUGCUGACUCAAACAUUUGUGAAGAGUACAGCUGAAUGCCUGUAUAAUAAACCCAAAGGAGGAAAAUCAGUACCUCGAUUGAUGCCCGGAAAAAUAGUAAACGCUAACAAACAGUGUCACUUUAAACAAAAAAACUUUUUUGCUGACGUCACGGAAAAUAUUUGCGAACACCUUGUUUGCCGAAGUCACGAGAAUAGUUUUGGUAGUUACGUUCAAACUUAUCAUGAAAUAGGAGCUGCUAUUGGGUCUACUUGCGGCCAGGACAAAAUUUGUCUUCUUGGAAAUUGUGUUGAGGUUAAAUAA